AUGUUGUGGUCUUGCCUUCUAGUCGGCCUGACACACGUCAUUGGCGCCACAUGCGCGCCACAGACGUUCGAUUAUGUCAUCGUCGGAGGCGGCCCAGCAGGUCUACUCAUCGCGAACCGCCUAUCCGCAGAUUCAAACAUCACCGUUGCAGUCAUCGAAGCAGGAGACUCUGCGUACAACAACCCGAAUGUCACAUACGUCCCAAAAUCGCUUCUCGAGUAUGGCCUGUUUAUCGGUACAUCGAUUGACUGGGGUUACAUGACGGUACCGCAAAAGUAUGCUGAAAACCGUGAGUUGAAUUACUGGGCUGGAAAGGCGUUGGGCGGGAGUACGACGAUUAAUGGUAUGACGUAUCUGCAAGCGGAGAAGGAUCAGAUUGAUGCGUGGGAAGAGUUGGGGAACGAGAGUUGGAAUUGGGAUAGUCUUUUUGAGUACUUUAUUGCGCAAGAGGGAUUUCAAACGCCGAGUGCUGAGCUGCAGGCUAGGGGCACGGGAUAUGACGAUGAUGCGCAUGGGAAGGAGGGGGAGCUAGCUGUUGGUUUCACUCCGUAUCUUACUGCUGGAUUUAGGGAUCUGAUGAAAGAGACGUCUGAAGCGCUUGGGUAUCCGUAUAACAAGGAACCGAACGAUGGCAAGAUGCGUGGGUUUAACACCUGGCCCAUGACGCUGAACGAAACUGGACCAACGCGAGCAGAUGGGGCCAGAUCAUUCUACUUCCCCGUUGCAUCUAGACCAAACCUCCACGUUUUUCUCAACACCACCACACUACGAAUCAUCUGGGACGAAAAGUCCGCAACUCCCAAUCUACUAGCUUCCGGCGUUGAAACCAACGCAAACAACAUAACCACAACCAUCCUCGCCACCAAAGAAGUCAUCCUCACAGCCGGCUCCAUAAGAUCCCCCGCCCUCCUCGAGCACUCCGGCAUCGGCAACCUAGCCAUCCUCGAACCCCUUGGUAUCAAAACCGUCAACCCCAUCCACAGCGUAGGUUCCAACCUCCCCGACCAACCCCAAAACGGCAUGACCUUCACGUCCUCCAAAAACUUCACCGGCUACCCAACUUUCGUAACCUACCUAACCGCCUCUGACCUCUUCGACGCCUCGCUCCCAGCCCUGACCGCAGAAGUGCGAGCGAACAUCAGCGCCUACGCCGCGACCAUCAUCGCCGAGUACGUCCCAGACACCAUAUCGCUGUCGACGCAAGAACAGCUGCUUACGCACCAGAUCGACCUAAUCUUCAACACCAGCAGCACAGUCCCGCUUGUCGAACUCCUCUGGGCACCCGUGAAUAACCAAAUCAUAGCGCAACUCUGGAAUUUAUUACCCCUGUCUAGAGGCUCCAUACAUGUUAAUACUUCCGAUGCCAACGCACCCCCACGCAUCAACCCAAACUUCCUCCAACUACCCAUCGACACUUACGCCCAAGCAGCUGCAGCAGUACGUAUACGUGAAUACAUGGCCACAUCCCCGCUCUCCGAUAUUAUCACCGGCGAGGUCUCACCCGGGCUGGACACCGUCCCAAAAGACGCGGGCUGGAGAGAUGUAGCCUGGGAGUCGUGGAUCAAGAAGACGUUGAAUGGUAACUCACACCCCUAUGGAUUUGUAGCCUACUACUCUGGUAUGCAAUGUGAAGAAUAUGGCGUCUAG